GUGAUUAUCUUACGGUAGGGGUGGCGUCUUUCUCGCCCGCAUUCUUUUUUUUUCCCCGUCGGGUAACGUGCCAACCUGCCGACACACUCAAAGAAAGCCUUUGCUGUACAUCUUUGAAGCCGCGACUUACUGCUGAUUGUCCCUUGUCUUGAGUGGCUCUCCGACUCCUGGCGAUCCACCCGUUUCUAGACCACCCGUCACUUCAGUCCGAUGUGCCACCUGUGAACGGCCGAUCCUUGAUCUUCUCGACAACCUCUUUCUCUCCUCCCCCUACCAACUCUACCUUUCUUUAGUAGGAACCGAAAGGCCCCUGGUCUUGGCCUACAGCCAGCAUGCGGUCGUCUUUGCUGGCAUGGUCAUUUCUUUCUCUCCUUUCCAUCCCGACGUGGGCUACUUCCGCCAGUGAUGCCUCGCCUAAGCACCAUCUCGUGAAAAGAGACGGCUCGGCCGAGCCCAAAUCAACUCUCUUCAAUGGCAUUGAGGUCCCGCCCAUCAGAUCCCUGACCCCCGAUGACUUUGACGAAACGGUCAAGGACGGUUACUGGUUCAUCAAAGAGUACUCUCCGUCGUGCCCGCACUGUCAGAAGAUUGCGCCAACAUGGCAGACACUCUAUGAGUUCUACUAUACCUCCGAUCCUCUGUCUUCCUCAUCUGGAAAGUCGUCCGAUACCAAGUCCCUGAACUCCUUCGAUAAAUUUUACAAUUUCCAUUUCGCAGAGGUAAAUUGUCUCGUCUACGGCGAUCUAUGUCGUAAACUCGAGGUGAAAUACUUCCCUACCUUCGCUCUCUAUCACAAUGGCGAGCUGGUCGAGCAGUUUACCGGGAAGAAGAGUAUGCAAGGAUUGAGUGAGUUCGUCGAAGAGAAGCUGGAACAGAUUAAGCCUGGAUCCCGGCCUGCGCAAGGCCUAAAGUUGCCUAGGGCAGGCGACACCAGUGUCGAUACGAAAGCUCAACCUGAAACCCCUGUGGCCAAAGACAAGAACCCUGAAGCUGGAGCCAAGGCUGGCGAGAAACACAACGAGCAGGCCGCGCAGCUCGCCUCUGACAAUGCUCCUGUUGCUAAGGAUACUGCGCAGGCUCAAGUCAAGUCUUCCAGCCCGGUGAACCCGCGAGGCAUAUCCGUUCCUCUCACGGCGGAAAGCUUCCAGAAACUUGUGACUACUACUCAGGACCCUUGGUUCAUCAAGUUUUACGCUCCCUGGUGUGGUCACUGUCAGGCAUUGGCUCCUAACUGGCAAGAGAUGGCGAGGGAAAUGCAGGGUGUCCUCAAUGUCGGAGAAGUAAAUUGCGAUGUCGAAUCUCGGCUUUGCAAGGAUGCCAGAGUCAACCAGUUCCCGACCAUAUACUUCUUCCGUGGCGGUGAAAGAGUGGAGUACACCGGCCUCCGGGGCCUAGGUGAUCUGGUCAACUAUGCCAAGAAGGCUGUGGAAAUCGGCUCCGGUGUGCAGGAUGUUGAUGCCACCACGUUUAAGGAACUGGAAGAGAAGGAAGAUGUCAUCUUCCUAUAUUUCUACGACCACGCAACGACUUCUGAGGACUUCAAGGCUCUGGAGCGCCUGACUCUUAGCUUGGUCGGUCAUGCCAGACUUGUGAAGACGAGCAGUGCCGCCCUUGCUGAAAGAUUCAAGAUUUCCACCUGGCCCCGUCUUCUGGUGUCUCGGGAUGGUCGUCCAAGUUACUACAAUGCGCUUGCUCCCAAGGAUAUGCGCGACUUCCGACAAAUCCUGAAUUGGAUGCGAUCUGUUUGGCUACCUAUCGUUCCUGAGCUCACAGCAUCUAACGCUCGUGAAAUCAUGGAUGGCAAAUAUGUGGUGCUUGGUGUUUUGAGCCGUAAGCACUCGGAUGAGUUCCUGCAGUCAAAGAGAGAGCUGAAAAAUGCCGCUCAUGAAUGGAUGGAUAAGCAAGUUCAGCUGUUCCAGUUGGAGCGCGCUGAGCUCCGGGAUGCCAAGCAACUGCGGAUUGAGGAGGCGGAGGACCGCAAUGACCAGCGUGCUCUUCGGGCUGCUAAAAACAUGCGUAUCACCAUCCGCGAGGACGACAAGAAACAGGUCGGUUUCGCCUGGGUUGACGGUGAUUUCUGGGAGCGGUGGCUACGGACCCAGUACGGUAUUGAUGUGGAAAAUGGAGAGCGUGUCAUCAUCAAUGACCAAGAUAACCGACGUUACUGGGAUACUUCCUCCAGCGGGGCAUCGAUCAUGGCUUCUCGCACUUCGAUUCUUGAAACUAUUCCUCUUGUGGUCGCAAACCCUCCUAAGCUGACACCUAAGUCUACCAUCGGCACUUUUGAGUCUAUCUUUUUCUUCACCCGUUCAUUCAUCAGCGGGCAUCCGAUCUUGUUCGUCAUCAUCUUGAUUCUUUCCAUUGUCGGCGCUACAUUCGUGGCUCGGGGCAGAGCGGCCAGGCGCGGAGGUCGGGGCGGUAUUCUCGGUGUCACUGGGAAUCCUAGCGGAGGAUUCUUCAACCUGGACGGCAAAGAGGGUAUUUUGAAUGGUGGUUCCACGGGCAAAGUAGAUUAGAUGCGAAAAGGAGAGGGACUGUACAGUUAACUUUUUUUUUUUCUUUUUAUUACCCUUUUUUCUUCUUCAGUUCUAUCUUGGUGUCGUUUCUGCAACAAAUCUUGAUGAUAUUGGACACUAGUUCC